AUGAGGCUCAACGAUUGGAUCGUAACAAACCUGGGUAACCUGUCUUCUCUGUCCGCCCAAAUCACCAACCGCCCCUCGUGGGAGCAACAGGAUCAGCAACACCAGCAGUCCCAGCAGUUGCCUCGGUACCAACAGCAGCAUCAGGAGUUUUUGGUACCGGCCCAAAACCAGAGGAAUGAGGGGCCCCCGCUGGCCUAUACGCGCCGUGCCACUACCGGCACCAGAGUGAUGAGCCCUGCUCCGGUCAUCAACUCGAACAAUGCUGUCAACCAGGGUGCUGACAUGGGCAUGGACAUGGGCAUCGGCAUGGGUUCUUUCUCUGGGGCGCAGAUGCUUGGCACAGAGUGGCUCGGCAAUGGGUUUGGGCACGGCUUGGAUGGCGAUGCCUUUUCGUUCGGCAACAGUCAGGUUGGCAACGGAUUUACCUUUGGUUCUGUUGCAGGCUCAGCGCCCCGGGCCUACCAAAGCAAUAACAGAAAUGGUUUUGGGUUUCCCAAGAACAAUGGCAUCAACGGCGCCAGCAUUGGCAACCACCCGGCCAACGGCUACAUAGGCAACAAGAACGGUGUGAACGGCGAUGUCAUGGGCUUUUUUUUGCCUAACGGCAUUAAAUACAGCCCUUUUAUUGACAACACGAUCUUCUAUGACAACAACAUGCGUGUGGGGGGAGGCUUGGGGGGUGUCAUGGACAAUGCCUUUGCCAACGGUUUCAAUGGGAUUUCUGGCAACACCAUCAACGGCCAUGCCGUGGAAUAUGGCCUACAAGACAGCUUUACCAACCCUCCGGCCAGCCACCUAACCGGCAGCAACCCCAACCGCGUCGCGCAAAAUGUUCCCAUCGCUACGGUUUCGCGUCCCGUCCAGCCUGUCUUUCAGCCCGUCUUCCAACUGUCCCAAAACGUCCAGGCACUCAACCACCAGGAUAUCAAUUUGAACUUUAACUUCAUCGGCCAGAAUGGGAACGGAAACGGAAAUGGGAACGCAGCAACAAACGUUCAGCCAAAUGGAGUACAGCAACCGGAAGUGGCUGUGCCUAUUAUCGAGGAGCCACGUGCGCCUGUACCUGCCGAUGAACCCACUCCCGCACGCCGCCUACCCACGCCUGUCCCUACACCCGCGGAUGCAGAGGAUACAUAUGGCGACGCAAUGCAGCAGCUGCAGGAGCUUCAGCAGCAGGAGGAAGAUGAAGAGGACGAGGUUCAGCAGGGUGAAUACCAACAGGGCGAUCUUCAGGAGGAUGAAUUCCAGCAGGAUGAGCUUUUGUGA